AUGUCGGAUUUAUUACCUCCAAUUGUAAUCGAUAGUGGAACUCAGGAAUGGAGAGCUGGUGUUGCAACCAGCAGCCAACCAGAAGUUCGCCUUGAACCGUCCUUAGAGAACCUCGAAGGCAAUGAAGUCAUUGAAAAUGGCGUCGUUCUGGAAUUCAAGUCCACGCAGAAGGCACUCAGUUACUACACAAAGUAUAUUCGUGAAUGUUUGACUAAAAUGAGAGCAUCUCCUUCGAGCAGUAGUUUGCUUCUUUCCCUUCCACUGAAGAUGUCUGAUGACUAUAGACAACGGUUAACGGAGGUGCUAUUCGAAUCCUUCCAGUUCCAAUCUCUCUUCUAUGUUAGCCAACCGCUUUUAGCGGCUUAUUCAUCGGGUUAUUCUAACUGUCUUGUUGUGGAUUCCGGCUAUUCCUAUACAGGAAUCCUAGCCGUCAAAGACCUAUACCCCUUUACUGAAAGUGAAAGAGUUUUGCCUCUAGGAGGUAGAAAUAUCGAUCGCUAUCUUCGUCGCUUAAGUAGAGAGAAAUUAGCUUCUUACAAUGAGGCAGAUAUACGACACAUUAAAACGAAUUACUGCUCAGUUGCUUCAGGAUAUUCUAAGUCAGUAAAAAGUACUCAAAAAGUCUUGAUUAUGCCUGAUGGGAAAAAAAUCACCCUUGGGGAGGAACUCUCAAUGGCUCCGGAAGUCCUUUUCAAUCCGAGUUUAGCUGGUUUACCAGACGUCAAUCCAAUUGAUCAGGCCGCCAUUCGAUCUGCUCUUAGUUUGGAAGAGAACGAUGCUUAUUCCGUGCUAAAAACGGUUGUUCUUGCUGGUGGUAACACUGGAUUUCCUGGGACCCCCAAUCGAAUGAAAGAGGGAAUUGCAACCAGAACAGUUCCAAGGAUCAAUAAAAGAGUUGUCAGGCAUCGACAAGGUACGGAAGCUGUCUGGGUUGGGGGGUCGAUAAUUGCAUCAACACAGACCUACGCCAAAGUCUGCAUUACCAAGGAAGCGUAUAAGGAAAGGGGAUCUAUUUUGGCUAUUGAGCGGUGGUUGUGA